CAACUGUCACUUUCACUGUAGUUAACCUAAAAAACCGUAACCUCUAUCCAUAUUUUGGCAUAUUUGUGUUAACAGUUUUUAAUAGAGCAGCGAACUGAAAUGUCACCUGUGGAAGACUCCAAAGGGUUCUCACGUACGACUUUUAACUGUGAAAUGGCCACUAUUGAAAAUUACUACUGUAAAUAUUGCAACUUCCACACGGAACUGACAAUUCUUUUCAAACAGCACCUAGAUGAAUGUCACAGCGAUAAAACUAAUCACAGAGAUUUAUUAAUUGGAGAAUAUGGCAUCAAAACAUACACUUGUGAAAAGUGUAACUUCAAAACACAUUUUUUUAUGAAGUGGCGUCAGCAUGGUACACAAUGUUUAGCAAUGAAAGAAAUUCCUCAGAUUUACAAAUGUGAUAAAUGUGAGUGCAUAUAUAAAAAAAAAUGGUCUCUGAAAGAACAUAAAAUUUCCAAACAUCUUAAUGAUGAUGAAAUACUGUGGUACCAGUGCAACCAGUGCCCAUACAAAGCUAAACACAAACGACAUUUAAAAAAACACAUAAACGCACGCCAUUUGAAUGAAAGAGAUAUUAAAUGGUACGAAUGCAAAAAAUGUGCAUACAAAGCUAAACAAUCAACCCAAUUAAAGCAGCACACAAUUGUCCACCAUUCAAAUAAACAAGAUAUUGAAUGGCAUCAUUGUGUAAAGUGUCCAUAUAAAACUAAACAUCAAUCUUCAUUAACAUUUCAUAUAAAUUCACACCAUUUGGAUCAAGAGAAUAAUAAAUGGUGGGAAUGUAAAAAGUGGCCGAAUAAAAAUAAUUACAAUUCACAUUUGAAUAAACGUAAUUUAGAUGAACAUGACAUUAAGUGGCUCCAAUGUAAAAAGUGUCCAUUCAAAACUAAACACCAAUAUUCUUUAAAAGUUCAUAUAAACUCGCAGCAUUUAGAUGAUGAGAAUAUCAAAUGGUAUAAAUGUGAAAAGUGCCCAUAUAAAGCUAAACACAAAUCAUGUGUAAAACGUCACAUAAUUCAGCACCAUUUGAAUGAACAAGACAUUAAAUGGUAUGAAUGUGAAAAAUGUUCAUACAAAGCUAAAAGAAGCACUCGUUUAAAAGAACACAUAAAUCUUCAUCAUUUGGAAGAACAUGAUAUAAAAUGGUACAAAUGUAAAUUGUGCGCAUUCGAAACUAAGCAUUAUAGAUCUUUAAGUAGGCACGUACAAACACACCACUUGGAUGGACAGGAUAUUAAAUGGUAUGAAUGUAAAAAAUGCCCAUAUAAAGGCAAACUAAAUUCUGAUUUAAAAGAUCAUAUAAUUGCGCAACAUUUGAGUGAACAAGAGAUCAAAUGGUAUGUGUGUAAAAUGUGUUCAUUCAAAAGUAAAUGGAAAUCGUGUCUAAAGAGGCACGUCACUGGCCGGCAUUAGAGUGGAGACGGAAUUUUAAACGUGUUGUUUCCAAACCUUUAACUCUCCAUCUAAUGCAUCUAUGUGUUGAUGGUACACAUUAAAUUAUCAUUAAAAAAAUUAAUAUGAUAAGACUGAACAUUUUUUUGAAUAUAGUUUAUUCUGAUUUUAGAUAAGUACCAAAUUAUUUUAUAUAUGACAUUUUGUUUC